AUUGACUCGUUCACCAUUAACAGAACAUGAUGUCCAGCGGAAACUGAUCGCAUUAUUUUGCAUAAUUCACGACCGCAAUGGCUCGCAACGAUGGCCUCGGCGACCGAAACCACCAUCCAUUAACCUCCGGCUACUCGACCUCCCCCCUCGCCGAAACCGUCAUCGCCCGGGACAUCCAAAACUACUACGCAGACGAUCAAGGGUCGAUGCUCACAAGCGAUGACGAAGACUCGGAAACAAACACUAUACGCCCGUGGAACGGCAGCGAACCCGGGACGAACCCUCACUCGUUAGCGGGGUCUUAUCGGCGACCAAGUUUUUUCACCACCGUCUCGCAUGCGACGGUUGUUCCAUACUAUGCGGAUCGGGAGGGAUUGACGCGCGGGGAACGCGACCAGGCGAUUGAGGAGGAGAGGCGGUUGUUGAGUGAUAACCAUGUUAUUGAGGGUGGAUAUGGUGGGAAGGGGAUGAGUCUGCCGCAGAAGAUUUCGGGGUUUUUGUCGCGUCGUUCUACGGAACCUUUGAGACGGCAUAGUGUGCAUGCCGUGACAGCAGAUACGCCGUUGCUCAGGCCAGACAAUUCUCAAGCCCAAGAACCAGACCAAGAAGAGAUUGAUCGCAAAUGGGAGGAAGCAGUGGCUGCGGGGCGGAUAAGAACUUCAUGGAAGCGCGAAGCAUUGGUGAUAAGCAAAUAUUCCGCGCCAUUGAUUCUGACGUUUCUGCUACAGUACUCUUUGACCGUUGCUAGUAUAUUCACAGUGGGCCAUCUGGGCAAAAGAGAGCUUGGCGCGGUCAGUCUGGCGAGUAUGAGCGUGAAUAUCACCGGAUACGCAGUAUACCAAGGUCUGGCUACUAGCUUGGAUACCCUGUGUGCGCAAGCCUAUGGUUCUGGGAAGAAGAAAUUGGUCGGUUUGCAGAUGCAGAGGAUGGUCAUUUUCCUCUGGACGUGUACUAUCCCCAUUGCACUGCUGUGGUUCUUUGCGGAUAGGAUUCUGAUGAAGAUUGUACCGGAUCAAGAAGUGGCUUCGUUAGCAGGAUUGUACAUCAAGGUGGUAAUCUUGGGAGCCCCGGGGUAUGCUUGUUUUGAGAGUGGGAAGCGGUUUAUGCAGGCGCAGGGAUUAUUCUCUGCGUCUUUUUAUAUCCUCCUUAUUUGCGCGCCGCUCAAUGCCUUUAUGAACUGGCUGUUUGUUUGGGUAAGUAUUGCUCCCUCGGUGUCAGCAAAGGAUGUUAACAAUAUAGCACUUUAACUGGGGCUUUGUUGGAGCUCCGAUUGCAGUGAUGAUCACUGAUAAUUUGAUGCC